AAUCCUUUUGCAUUGUGCAGUAGCCAUAGCAGGUCAUUUCUAUGCUACUUAAGAAAAGGAAAUAAAAUAAUUACUAGUGUCAGAUCUUUCCUUAUAAUUGUAAUCACAUUUCCUUUGAAUAUCUGUGAUUUAAUAUUGUCGAUGCAAACAUGCCACAAGUAAAAGGUGUUGAGAGUCUGUUCCAGUUGUGUUUAGACAAUGUUACAGACCACAUGGAUGAAUGGGCUAAGAAAUCGCCUAAGUUGAAUGGAGUGGAGGACAUCGAGUUCAUCCAAAAAAGCACUAAUCCUUUCUAUGAUUUACCUUCUGUUAUCAUAGAGGAAAUCAUUCUGCUUCUUAAGAAAAAAAAAUUGCUUGAAAACAAAUUUAUUGAGCUUCUCAUCACUCCACAAUUAUGGACUUUGGAUUUCCGUUCAAUGCGUGAAAAAGAUGAGGUGUCUGGCCUUCUCCGUCUUGCCACCAUCAUAAGCCCAGAUCUGAAAAAUUUGUGGCUUUGUCAUGAGGAAUACUUCGUAGACAAUGAUAAAUAUGAGAGUUUCAUUCCCAAAUUCUCCAAUUUACAAGUUGUGGAUAUUUCAUAUUCUAAGAAAGGAGACUCUUGCUUGCAGUUACUUGGCCUAUAUUGUAAAGAUUUGAGAGUGCUGCAUGCUAAACACAGCUCAGUUUCUGACUAUGGAAUUCAACAGCUGUGUGUCAGUGGACGGUGCAAAUCCAUUCAUACAUUGGAUGUUUUUAGUAGCUUCACGUGUGUUACAACUAAGGGUCUCCAGUUGGCCAUUCAAAAUUUACCUGCCCUAACUAUACUUCGUCACCCAUUAUUAGUUGACGCUUUGGCCGGUAUGGCUCAGGCUGCCAUGGAUGAAAAACUUGAAACGCCCAAACUAUCCUUGUCGACACUCGCCAUCCAUUCGUCAUAUAAAGCUGGUAGUCUGGCUCUUGCUGUGUCCAUAUGCCCGUCUAUUACGACUAUAGAUGUAAGAAUGGCAGAAGAAAUGACUGACAUUGAACUUCAUGCCCUAUUACCUCUUAAAAAUAUUAGUGCCAUUCAUUUUUGUGCUUCUGACCAUAACACAUUUGAUGGUGGCAUUGUCCCCCUUCUUAAGUCUUUUGGAAAAUCUUUGAAGUCGUUGGAACUUUUUUUUUUCACCUCUACCGUUAAAAUUCGUGCUGUUAUCGAGUAUUGUCCCAACUUGAAAUCCCUAACCCUCUGUUGUAAUAGCAGUUACUCGAUGGCGUGGCCUGAAGAAGGUCAAAAAUCUCGUGAAGGCGAACCGAUCGAUGGGGGACGACUCGAAUUGAAGAAGCUUGAACAGUUGCAGUUUUUUCUUGGAAAAGGAUGCAUCGACAGUGAAGUUGUGUUGGCACUUCUUUCAUCCUCUUCGCUCAAGUCUAUUUUCUUAAGGGGUUGCUGCAUUCUCACUGAUGACGUUCUGCUGAAAGCUGCUAAUUACCACUCGUUCCGAAACUUGGAGUCUUUAGAUAUAUUUGAUUGCAAGUCGGUUUCAAUUAAAGGUAUUGACGUCCUCAUGGAAGAAGGCAAUUCUCUCAAGAGUCUCGACAUUCGUGAUUGUGGGCAGAUUUUGAUUAAACACAUUUCAUCUUGGGUCAGGAAAGCUGCGAAGAAUAAUUGGGAAUUAUCUGUGUAUCCCAAAGUUCCUCUUUGUUGCGUUGAACACAGCGAUUCUGAUGAUAGCGAUUCUGAAGAAGGAUUUGAAUUGUUGCAUUUUUUUCUAGCUGGUUUUAUACAUGAUAUGCUGGGUUCGGAUGAUGAUGAUGAUGAUGAUGAUGAAGAUAUAGAGGUAGAAGAAGACAGUGAUGAAGACCAGAAUUGGAAUGGAAGUGCUGAAGAAAGUGAAGGUGUGGAAGACGAUGACGAUGUUAUGGAAUUUUAAAAUUAAUCAAUAAUGAUUUUGUGAACUGGUUUUUACUGUAUUCCCUAUAGUUUCUGUUCGCAAGUUUGUUUUUUUCUACCGUUUUAUUUUUUUGAAUGGAAAUAAUGUUUGGCUGGAACGAGUCCUCACUCCGCAUCCUGGAAAUAUAGUAAUCUUGAUUUCA